GCUUGCUUUGCGGCAGGGCUGGCCGCGACAGCCUGAUGCAAUCGGCUUGCCAGUCGGCGUCAGAACCGCAGAGCUGAGCGAGAAACGAGCUGCCGGGUCAGCCGCGCCCAGCCUUCCGGGAGACCCUUGCCCAAAGCCACUAUGUCGGAGAUCAUCCUGGAGAAAACGGACAGGCUGAGCCUGGGAGAGGUUUAUGUAUCUGAUCGAGAAGGGUGUGACAGCACUGGUGAUGGGACACAGGAGAAACCUUUCAAAACAGCUUUGCAGGCAUUGAUGUCUACUGGAAAGGAACCACUUCCUACUAUCUAUGUGGACUCACAAAAAGAAAACCAGAGAUGGGAAACAAUCUCCAAAACCCAACUCAAGAAUGUGAAAAAGCUGUGGCAGAGAGAGCAGCAGAAGAGUGAAGCCAGAGAAAAGAAAGAGGCAGAAGAUUUUUUGCGACGUGAAAAGAAUUUGGAGGAAGCAAAGAAAAUUAUCAUUAAGAAAGACCUCAGUCUCCCAGAGCCCAAAUGUGUGAAGAUUUGUGCCCUGGAAGCCUACAGAGGGGAGAGAGUAAAGGUGUUUGGUUGGGUCCAUCGAUUGCGUCGGCAGG